AUGGGAACUCAGGUUGAUCACAAACGUGCAAAAAAGUGGGCAGAAGAGCAUAAUUUAAAUAGAAAAAGAGCUGUUCCUUCAACUAAUCAAAAUUCUCUUGUAAAACAGACAAGAAUAAAUGACUAUUUCCCUAUACAAGCCAAUUCUCAAGAUGAACGAACACAACAUACUUCUCCACAUAGAAUUUAUUCACUUUCAUCACCUUGGAUUCAACGUGAUGAUAUGAAUCAUUCUGGAAACAUCCUUCCUGAUGGUACAAAACUAACAAGACCACUAUCACUAUCAGAUUUUAUUUCAUUGAAUGAUAAUGAGAAUGAUAAUAAAUUAAUCGAAGAAGAAGAAAAAGUUCCUACCUUUGAAAAUAUUUUCAAAAUGCUUAAAAACAAAGUCAAAUUGAUGGCAGAAGAAAAAGCAACCCUAAGAUAUGGAAUGUCAAGGAUUAUUAAUCUCCCUGCCUAUAUGAGAGUGUGGUUCCCUGAAAAUGAAUGUCAGGAUAUUAUGAAACUUUGUGAAGAAGAUUUAAAA